AACUAGGAAGCUCCGUCAUGUUUAAUAAAGUGGGACUUCAACUCUAAUCAUCACGAGUCCUUAAUCAACAACCUUCAACCUUCAACCUUUUAACUGUCUAACCGUCUUUACGAUUAAUACUCCCUGUAUCCUCCCUGUCUUACACCUCUUACUCGAAUUGCACCUGUACUGGUACUGUGUGUAGAACUCAACGUCCCGGGAAAAAGGAUUUGGUCUUACAAUUAAGAAAGAAGACUAGAAACUAAGGAUACAAUAUGUCUGGAGCUGGAGACCGAGAAGCUGUCUUUCCGACCCGGCAGUCGCUAGGUCUCAUGAAAGCUAAGCUAAAGGGAGCUGAAACGGGCCACAGUUUGCUAAAGCGCAAGAGUGAAGCUCUCACCAAGCGUUUCCGAGAAAUCACACGACGCAUCGACGAGGCCAAGCGUAAGAUGGGACGAGUAAUGCAAAUCGCUGCCUUUUCGCUAGCUGAGGUCACAUACGCGGUCGGCGGCGAUAUCGGAUACCAAGUACAAGAAUCAGCCAGACAAGCACGCUUCCGAAUUCGCACCAAGCAAGAGAACGUCUCCGGUGUCCUCCUACCCACGUUCGAGAGCUACCUGACCGAGGGCAACAAUGACUUUGGUCUGACGGGUCUAGGAAAGGGCGGACAGCAGGUGCAGAGGUGCCGAGAGACGUAUGCUCGCGCUGUAGAAACUCUAGUAGAGCUUGCUAGUCUGCAGACCGCCUUCGUAAUUUUGGACGAGGUCAUCAAGGUUGUGAACCGAAGAGUAAACGCAAUAGAGCAUGUCAUUAUCCCGCGAACAGAAAACACGAUCAAAUACAUCAACUCAGAGCUCGACGAGCUGGACAGAGAAGAGUUCUACCGGUUGAAGAAGGUCGCCGGCAAGAAGCAACGAGACACCGCCGCGGCAGAUGCCGAGAUGAAGGCGAAGAAAGAGGCAAAGGCACUGGCCGACCAGGAGAACCCCCAGCCGGAUGAUUCCGCGCCGACGGAUAUUCUGGCGACUGGCGAAGACGAGGACGUUAUCUUUUAAGAGUAGACUAAAGGGUAAUGAGGAAAGACAUGGGUGGUGGUUCGUUCGGGUUGAGCUGAUUGGAGGUCGUCAUACCUAGGCAAAUUCGAUAUUCUUUCGACUGUUGGAACCGACUGGGUGGUCCUCGUCAUUGUGUAUUUGUAUUCCCUUAUAUGAUACCAAUAAGUUAAAUGACACUGGAUCUAAUAUCA